AUGGGUUUGACUUUCGAUUACUAUAAUUCGGACAACAACAGUACAAAUCCAUCAGUAUAUGAAAAACCGUCAUCGUGUGUGAAUCAACUUAAUUAUCAACAGCAAAAGAAGAAACAGAAGCAGAAGCAGAAAGCGCAGGCAGAAGCAACGUUUGACUCUAGACAACGUGUUCGAGGUCUACCGCAAACCACGAGGGAUUCCUGGGUACUGAUGCACGAGGCGGCAAUUGUGAUUGAAGGGGAGCUGAGAAGAGAUGGAGGUGAAGGUGAAGUUUCACUGGUCAACAAUGCUGGUGCAUUUAUGUUUGACAAUAUCACGUACGAACUAAACGGAAAAGAAGUGGACUCUGUUCGUACACCGGGAAUCGUCUCCACAAUUAGAGGAUAUCUUUGUUACAAUCAAAUGGAUAGCAAUAUUUUGAGUACGGCAGGAUGGUGUUACCCAAACAAUCUAGUUACGACCAAGAACAAGUCAACGUUUGUUUUAAGAAUACCACUGCAUCAUCUGUUUGGUCUAUUUAUCGACUAUAAACUAGCUCAAUUUGGUAAACACACCUUAAGAUUGGUCAGAGCUCGAAGCGAUCUAGAUGCUAUUGUGUGUAAAUCCUUGAAAGAUACAGCACCCACCUCAGGUAUCAUCAAAAUGACCAACAUUUAUCUAAAAGCACCCAUUGUUGUUCCAAAUGACAUGCUGAAAAUAAAACUGUUGGAUUCGAUAAAAAAUGAUAAACCUAUACUUUUACCAUUCAGAAGAUGGGAAUAUCAUGAACUGCCACAAUUAACAACUGGAUCAACGAAGAAAAUUUGGGGUGUGAAAACAUGUACAGCUGUGGAGAGUCCACGAUUUGUAAUAUACUCAGUUUUUUAA